UGAAUCAAUGGAAGAUUGGUUUAUGUCUUCAGUCAGGAUUUUACAGUUUUUGGAGGUAGUCUGCUGGGGCACAUGCCCAAAAGAUCUGCAAAAUCAUGGACCAGGCCCUGACAGUGGGGGCUCCAGUGAUUGGACUGAAUGACUCUGGGGGAGCACGGAUCCAAGAGGGAGUAGAGUCUUUAGUUGGCUAUGCAGACAUGUUUCUGAGGAACGUCAUGGCAUCUGGAGUCGUCCCUCAGAUUACUCUGAUCAUGGGCCCAUGUGCUGGUGGGGCUGUGUAUUCCCCGGCUCUAACAGACUUUACUUUCAUGGUAAAGGACACCUCCUACCUGUUCAUCACUGGCCCGGAUGUUGUGAAGUCUGUCACCAAUGAGGAUGUUACUCAGGAGGAGCUCAGUGGUGCCAGGACCCAUACCACCAUGUCAGGUGUUGCCCACAGAGCUUUUGAAAAUGAUGUUGAUGCCUUGUAUAAUCUCCGGGAGUUCUUCAACUACCUGCCCCUCAGCAACCAGGACCCAGCUCCCGUCCGCGAAUGCCAUGAUCCCAGUGACUGUAUGGUUCCUGAGCUUGACACAGUUGUCCCCCUGGAAUCAACCAAAGCCUACAACAUGGUGGACAUCAUACACUCUGUUGUUGACAAGCGAGAAUUUUUUGAGAUCAUGCCCAAUUAUGCCAAGAACAUCAUUGUUGGUUUUGUAAGAAUGAAUGGGAGGACUGUUGGAAUUGUUGGCAACCAACCUAAUGUGGCUUCAGGAUGUUUGGAUAGUAAUUCAUCUGUGAAGGGGGCUCAUUUUGUCCGAUUCUGUGAUGCGUUCAAUAUUCCACUCAUCACUUUUGUUGAUGUCCCUGGUUUCCUGCCUGGCACAGCACAGGAAUACGGGGGCAUCAUCUGGCAUGGUGCCAAGCUUCUCUACGCAUUUGCUGAAGCAACUGUGCCCAAAGUCACAGUUAUCACCAGGAAGGCCUAUGGUGGUGCCUAUGAUGUCAUGAGCUCCAAGCACCUUUGUGGUGACACCAACUAUGCCUGGCCUACAGCGGAGAUUGCAGUCAUGGGAGCAAAGGAUUCGUGGAUGACAUCAUCCAGCCUUCCUCCACACGAUCCCGAAUCUGCUCUGACCUGGAUGUCUUAGCCAGCAAGAAGGUACAGCACCCUUGGAGGAAACAUGCAAAUAUUCCAUUGUAAACAAAUCAAAGGAAAAU